AUGGACCCCAACAAUGCCUUCAAGCCGCCCCAUGGUGGUGCGAACCAUGCGUCCGCGUACGCCACGGCAGGAAAUUCGAACAGUGAUGCCAGUGCCAACCCGACAGCUAGCCUCUCAGAUGGCUCGGCCCAGGGGGAGAGUGAGAAGGCAGUGGCACCGGCGCCCACGACGUUUCCGGACGGUGGCCUUCGCGCCUGGUCGGUGGCAGCCGGUCACGCAGGCGCCAUGUUCUGCACAUUUGGCUACAUCAACUCAUUUGGAAUCUACGAGGAAUACUACGCAUCUCACCAGCUCAAGGACUCCAGCAGCUCUGCCAUCUCGUGGAUUGGCUCGCUCAACCUCUUCUUCGUCUUCGUCGGCAGCUUGUUUGGCGGGCCAAUGUUUGACAGGUACGGGGGCAAGGUGAUCUUACCUGCUGCGUUGGUCUACGUCUUUUCCAUCAUGAUGACGAGUCUCUGCCAUGAGCUGUGGCAGUUCAUCCUGGCCCAGGGCCUGCUCGGAGGCAUUUCUCUCGGCAUGACCAUGGGCCCAGCCAAUGCAGCCACGCCCCAGUACUUCCAGAAGCGUGGUGCUGCCGUGGGCCUUGCUGUCGCGGGCUCUUCAGUCGGCGGCGUGGUUUUCCCCAUCGCCCUUGGCAAGAUGUUUGCUAGUCCCAACGUCGGCUUCGCCUGGGCCGUCCGCAUCUGCGGCUUUAUCAUCCUCGCCGUGUUGGGGCCUUCGUCCCUCCUGAUCCGUCCCCGCCUGCCGCCUCGCAAGAGCAACCUGUUCCUGCCGUCAGCCUUCAAGGACGUGCAGUUCCUGUCUCUUACCGCAGCCCUGUUCUGUCUCUUCAUCGGCAUGUUCGUGCCCAUUUUUUACAUCCCGACGUACGCCAUCAGCCAGGGCAUGAGCAGUGGCCUAGCCUUUUACCUGGUGGCCAUCUUGAACGCUGCCUCGUUGCCCGGUCGCAUCCUGCCCGGCAUCUUGUCGGACAAGCUCGGCCGUCUCAACUGCCUCAUCCUCGCAGCCGCCUCCACCGGUAUCGUCAUUCUGUGCUGGAGCCGCGUCCACAGCAAUGCCGCCAUCAUCGUUUUCACUGCCGUCUUUGGCUUUACCUCGGGGGCGAUCUUCUCCGCGGGGUCUGUCUCCUUCGCCAGCGUCCCCAAGGAUCCCCGCAACAUCGGCACAUACAUGGGCAUGGGUCUCGGAACGUCCAGCGUUGCCGCCUUGAUUGGCCCGCCCGUCAACGGUGUCCUCGUGUCGACAUAUGGCGGCUACAACCAGGUUGCCAUCUUUAGCGGCGUCUUCUGCCUGGCAGGUGGUGCUUUUACAUUGAUUGCCAAGUGGAGUGGAGGAAAAGGAUUAUUGUCCAAGAACUGA